CGCUCUGGACGUUGUUUCUGCCCCCCAGGAAUGGGGUUGACUUUCAUCUCAUCCGCAUGAGUGUUGCAUCCGCCAGAGCAUUUUCUGUUUUUAAUAGGCAUAAGCAUCUUUGUUUUCAAAAAGCAUCCUUUGUAUUUUCUAGAUCUCUUGUUAUAUCGUCACACACUAUGUCUGAAGUGAAGCUCAUCGAAGAGUCUCAACCUUCUGGAGAUGCCACUUCCAGCAGUGCUUCAAGCACACUCAAUAACACACUCAGCAACUCCAUCACUUCGGGGUCCGGCCAGUCCCUGACUUCAAAGGAGACUAUAGUUGCGCAGCGUCCAUGGUUCAAGCGGUUAUUUCCUCACUUGCCGGACUACUUGGGUCCAUACCCAGUUGGCGUGCACGACAUUGAAACCCCGCCGAAUUCUGCCAAGAAUACGAAAGGAGUGCUUAUCCGAUUAUAUUAUCCGACCACAUUGGCAGCAACAAAAGCGCAUAGCCGGGCCAAGUGGUUGCCAAAGGGAACGAUGUACUCGGUCGGUUACGGAAGCUUUUCAAAACUCCCUACAAUACUUGCGUUGGCUUUUAUUUAUCCUUUGUUGGCGGGCGUCAAAACACCGGGGUAUCUAAAUGCUCCUUUGCGGCAUGCUGGUAAGGGCGAUGACACCUCCCCGCCAUUGCCCACUCGACUUCCGUGUAUGAUCUUCUCUCACGGCCUGGGCGGCAUGCGAACAACAUAUUCUACCUUUUGCGGUAAUAUUGCUUCCCAGGGCUUCAUUGUUGCGGCGAUUGAGCACCGUGAUGGGUCUGCGGCGGUCGCAUCCCGAAACGCGUAUAAAGAGAAGAUACGCUACAGAAACCCCAAUAAUGACGAUCGGAAGCCAGGAGAGACGGUAGACGAGUACCUGUUACGCUUCAGACGAAGUCAGGUGGAGUUUAAGGCCGGAGAAGUGAAGGAGGUCAUGCAACUGUUGAGGGACUUGGACGCCGGUGCGGCUAUUGAGAAUUUGAUGGGAACGAAGCGGACAGCGGGAUUUGAGGGACAGUUCACAGGACGAUUUGAUUUUGACAAUUGGGUGAUGUCGGGACACUCCUUUGGGGGUGCAACCUGUCUGACGGCUCUUCAAGAUCCUAGCAAUCCCUUCAAAUGUGGAAUUGCCUUGGAUCCUUGGAUGCAUGCAGUGUCCGAUGCGCGCCAUGUCGACAAACCCUUCAUAUCCGUUCAGUCGGAAAACUUUCAAUGGAAGAUCAACCUUGAUCCUCUAGCGAAUAUGUUCUCUCACACCGAAUGCUCCUCAAAAUCCCGAUUCGGUGUUCUUCGCGGCACAGCUCAUCAGGACCUGUCGGAUUUUCCUCCUCUCUUCCCAGGAGUGAUGAAGAGAAUAAAACUAUCUGGGGCAGGGGAUCCGAUCCGUGCGUUGCAAUUGUACCAUGAGUGGCAUAUGCAGUUUUUGAAGGAAGAGCUUGAGACCGAGGUGCCAUUUGGAGAUUAUCCAGGCUUUGAGAAGGAAAGCAAGGAUAGGCCAAAGGAAAUUGUGGAAGGGAAAGAGGCGUUUGAUAUGUUGUAUGCAUCCAUUCGCCAUGAUUGGGGUCGAUAGGGGAAACGAUCCAGAUUGUACUUAAUCGUUAUAUAUAUAUAUAUAUAUAUAUAUCUAUAUGACAUCUUAUUAUAUUGGAACAUAGAUUGUAUGAAUCUAAACGAGUAACUACAA